AUGCAGUGCUGUGUGAAGCUGGUUAUCCUGAUUUCGCACGCGGAUGAGAUUUACGAGAAUCCGACGAUCUUUGCUGAGCAGCGGAUGUAUGGGCGCGGCUCGAGUGUGCAACACCAAACACAGACCCAGACUCAGACUGUCGCCCACGAGUUGAUGUUUGGUAAAGUAGUCCAGCUCGGUGUCGAGUAUCUCUUCCCUGGCUGUGGUGAUAAAGAUCCGACAUUGGGGAAGCGGGAUCUGUUUGUUCGAUUCCAGUCUUCAGUAUAUCAACCGCGCAAGAUGGUACGGUAUGAUGUACACGAAAGCGUUCGAAUUGAAGACAAGACGCUCGAAACCGGAGUUGAAUAUCUUAUUCCGUCACCCACCGAGACUGGCGCUGGCUCGUGUAUCGGAUUUCUCGACGGGACUGAGCUUCGAAGCCUGCUAAAGGCAAAAAACCCCAUUCCAUAG